CCGACAACCCCGCAAAUCUGUCUCUAACCUUACGACAUCUAGGCGAGCUGGAAAAUGUCACUGUUAGAAAAUUCCAUAUAAAUUCGAGCUUAUCAGGACAAUCAACGGCGUUAUUCUGUUGAUUUCGGUGUCAGCAAAUCGGCCAAUUUAUUCACAAGGCUCGAAUGUGAAUCUGUUGAAUCCUGCGGAAAUGUCGCGGUCAAUUCGAGCGGAAACACGCAGCAGAGCCAAAGAUGAUAUCAAGAAGGUGAUGAACAACAUUGAGAGGGUUCGCCAUUGGGAGAAAAAAUGGGUGACAAUAGGAGACACAACAAUGAAAAUUUACAAAUGGGUACCGGUAACAAACAGUGAAACGAAGAAAAUCAAACACAGCAGAGAAAACAAAGAAAACUUUGCCCGAAAGAGCCUUGGUGCACCUUUAUUGGACACAUCAAAUUCUAAUUCAAAUUUCAGUCUGGCUGAAGACUCCAAUACUUGUUUCUCAACGGUCAGCGAUUCGCAGGGUCCAACUGAUUUUUCGUCUCAUAUGACCUUCUCAGAUGACUCAAACUCUCAAGGCAGUGAACAGCUGUCUGUAAAAAGACUGAAAACUGAAUGAGGGUGGUAACUAAUCGAUUGUAAAGUAUUUGAGUUGAGCUUCUGAUCGAACUAAGUUUUGUAUAUAUUGUAGGUAUAUAAAUUAAAUUUUUAAGGCUUAUACAGAUGUUAGAUCACCGAAAACCAAACUAAUUGUUUAAGUUUUGUUAUUAAUUGCAUUUUAUUGAUUGACAAACUCCACAUACCGCUAUAAAUACAUUAAUUUAUAUAACAAUGCAAGAACUCCCUAACAUGCGGCCUCUGUUAAUCGAAUGGUUUCUUCAGUUUACAAUAUAAGGAACUUGUAAUCUUAGCUAUAUACAGUUUUAAACGAAUGUAGGCCUGACUGGAGGCCCCGUCAAGCCUAGGCCAUAUUCAGGCGUUAGUUAACUACACUCAAAUCCGUAUGUAUUGUUUUCCAGGCAGUAUUAAAUACCUAGCGAUUUAAGGUCUGUACGACCCCGUAUAGCAUAUACUGAAACACUGAAUGUUUUAAAAGUC